AUGGCGUCAGAGACAGACCAAAGCUUCAAAGAUCUUUCAUGGUUCCUCCAAGCAAUCAAAGAUCCACAACUACAAAACCGCUUCAACCUCCAAACCCUCUCUUUCUCCUCCUCCUCCUCCGUCAAAACCACGCAUUGUCAGCUCCUCACAUCCACCUCCAUGAACAUCAACGUCACCAGAGACAACCUCGCUUCUUCACUCUCCCAGAUCUUCAUCGAGCUAGCAACGUCUCUAGAGACCCAAACAUCUCUCAGGAACCUGGAGUUCGAAGGAAUCACGUGGGACGACGACAUCGAGAUAUUACAGAGCCUCGGCUUGCUCCUCGACAACGCCUCCACGAUAAAGCACCUCGCUUUCAGAAAGAACAGGUUCACCGAGCACUGUCUGAACGAGCUCUCGGAGAUUCUGAGAAGGAACAGUUCGUUGAAAGAGGUUACGUUCUCAGAGUCGAGGAUUGGAAGCAGAGGAGCUACGCUUCUCGCCUCGGCUCUCCAAGUUAACGACUCGUUAGAGGAGUUGCAGAUUUGGGAAGACUCUAUUGGGUCUAAAGGAGCUGAAGAGCUCUCUAAGAUGAUCGAAACGAACUCAAGUCUGAAGCUUUUCUCCAUUUUCGACUCCAACCCCUUCACUGCGACGCCGUUGAUAUCCGCAGUGUUGGCUCUGAACAGAGAAACAGAGGUUCACGUGUGGAGUGGAGGAGAGAGAACCUCAAAGGUGGUUGAGUUCUUGCCUGAGAGCAACGCUCUCAGGAUCUACCAGAUCGACGCCUCUGGCUCUUGCAGAGUCGCUACAGCGUUGGGGAUGAACACAACGGUUAGGUCUCUAGACAUGACUGGCGCCACGCUGGACUCUCGGUGGGCGAAGGAGUUUCGAUUGGUUCUUGAGCAGAACAGGACUCUUAGAGAAGUGAAACUCUCUGAGACCGGUCUUAAAGACAAGGCUGUUGUCUAUGUUGCAGCUGGACUUUUCAAGAACAAGAGCUUGCAGAGUUUGUAUGUUGAUGGGAACAGGUUCGGGAGUAUUGGCGUAUCGGACUUGCUUUGUCCGUUGAGUAGAUUCACUGCUCUGCAGUUACAAGCCAACAUCACGCUUAAGUCGGUCGUGUUCGGAGGUCCCAAGACCAAGGUUGGAAGAGAUGGACUUACCGCGAUUCUGAAGAUGCUGACAACUAAUGAGACUGUGGUUCAUCUCGGGAUCCACGACGACACGAGCCUGGGGCCUGAUGAUUUCGUGCACAUCUUCAAGAGCUUGCAGAAGAACGCUUCUUUGAGAAGGUUUUCGUUGCAAGGCUGCAAAGGGGUGAGAGGUGAUAGAGUGUUGGAGGCAAUCACCGAGACGUUGCAGGUUAAUCCGUUGAUUGAGGAGAUUGAUUUAGCGAGGACUCCGCUUCAAGAUUCGGGGAAAGCAGAUGAGAUAUAUCAGAAGCUGGGACACAACGGUAGGAAGAUAGAUGAAGAAGUAGAGACGGAUUCAUUCAGGGAUAUGCCGCUUACUGAGCCGAAGAGCGUUAGAGCAUUCCUCUGCGGACAAGACUAUGCAGGCAAGACAACGCUAUGCAACUCUAUAAUGCAAAACUUCUCUGCUUCUGGUUUCUCAUACGUGGAGAAUGUGAGAACUUUGAUGAGCCCUGUGGAGCAAGCUGUUAAGACAGGUGGUGGGAUGAAAAUAAAGACGUUCGUGGACGAGGGAACAAAGAUCUCCAUGUGGAAUCUUGCGGGGCAGCACGAGUUCUAUGCUCUUCAUGAUCUUAUGUUUCCCAGCCCAUGUCUCUUCUUGAUCAUACUGAGCUUGUUUAAGAAACCGAGCAACAAAGAACCGAAAACAGCUGCAGAAGUAGAAGGAGAGCUUCAGUACUGGCUUAGGUUCAUCGUUUCCAACUCGAGAAAAGCGGUUCAGCAAUGCAUGAAACCAAACGUCACAAUAGUGCUCACCCACUCGGAGAAAGUCAACCAGCAGUCAGACAGCUUUCAGGGAACUCUGGUUUCAAUUGAGAGACAGAGAGAUAAGUUUCAAGAUUCGGUAGAUUUCUUUCCGACCGUGUUCACAGUUGAUGCAAGAUCAUCUCCUUCGGUUAGUAGACUUACACAUCAUAUUAGGGUGGCAAGCAAAGGCAUCCUUCAAAGAGUUCCUCGUGUAUAUCAGCUUUGCAAUGAUAUGGUACGGCUCCUAUCAGACUGGAGAUCAGAGAAUGCAAACAGACCUGUUAUGAGAUGGAAAGCCUUUGGAGACCUUUGCCAAUAUAAAGUUCCUUCCCUGAGGAUAAAGUCUCGCAACGAGAACACUGAGACUGUGGAGACGAGACGGCGAGCCAUUGCCACAUGCCUUCACCAAACGGGAGAGGUGAUUUACUUUGAGGAGUGUGGCUUUUUGAUACUAGACUACGAAUGGUUUUGUGGGGAGGUUCUUGCUCAGUUGAUAAAGCUUGAUGUACGAAAGCAAAGCACCGGGGACAGGAACGGUUUUGUCAGCAAGAAAGAGAUGGAGAAGAUUUUGAAAAGUAGUUUGCAGAGUCCUAUUCCAGGGAUGACAUCAAAGGUACUUGAGCACUUGGAUGUGUGUGACCUUGUGAGGCUGAUGAAGAAACUAGAACUUUGCUAUGAAGAAGAUCCUUCAAGUCCAGAUUCUUCAUUGUUAGUCCCAUCAAUUCUAGAAAAUGGCAGAGGAAAGACUCAGAAAUGGCAGAUAAACACACAAGACUGUGUUUAUUCUGGAAGGCAUCUCCACUGUGAUGAUUCAAGUCACAUGUUCCUCACACCUGGAUUCUUCCCUCGUUUACAGGUGCAUCUACACAACAGAAUCAUGGAACUUAAGAACCAGCACGGGGCGACUUAUAGCCUUGAGAAGUACCUCAUUGAUAUAACAAUUCAAGGCAUUAACAUUAGAGUGGAGCUUGGAGGACAGUUGGGAGAUUACAUUGAUGUUCUUGCUUGUUCAACAAAGAGCUUGACAGAAACUUUGAGGCUCAUUAACCAGCUAAUCAUUCCUGCUAUCCUGAACAGCUGCCACGGCGUAAUCCUCCUUGAGCACAUCAUAAGACCACAGUGCGUUCAAGACUUCACUCCACCGCGGUUCCGACAAAGUCAGUUCGUUUCCCUCCAGAGGCUAAAAGAAGCGUUAUCAUCAGUUCCUGCGGAGGUUAUGUAUGACUAUCAACACACAUGGGAAUCUGUUGUAGAUUCAGGUAAGACUAUCCUAAGAGCUGGAUUUGAUUUAGCCCGGGACCUCCUCUCUGAUGAUGAUUUCAGAGAAGUAUUGCAAAGAAGGUACCAUGAUCUGCACACCUUAGCUCAAGAACUACAAGUUCCCACCGAGGAUGACCCCGAAGCAGUACCUGUGACCAAUGAGCUCGAAAACGUGGAUCCUAGCUUCGGUGGAAUAGCUAAGGGUGUUGAAGCAGUACUUCGUAGGCUCAAGAUCAUUGAGCAAGAGAUACGAGACUUGAAGCAAGAGAUCCAAGGACUGAGAUACUACGAGCACAGGCUUCUGAUCCAGCUCCAUCACAAAGUGAAUUACCUUGUCAAUUACAAUGUCCAGAUGGAUGAAAGAAAAGUUCCAAACAUGUUUUACUUCAUCACACCAGAGAACUACGGGAGAAGACUCAUCACAUCAAUAGUUCCUGGCAUGGUUUCUCUAAGGAUACACAUGUUAUGCGAAUUCAGACGGGAGAUGCACGUUGUGGAAGACCAGCUUGGAUGUGAUGUGAUGCAGAUAGACAACCGAGCUGUGAAGUGCUUGGCUCCAUACAUGACAGGCUUCAUGACACUGGUGACUUUUGCACUGAGGAUUGGAGCUAACUGGGCAGCUGGGAUGGGACACAUGAUACCUGACUUGGGCCACGCAAUCGCUCACCUAGCCACACCAUCUGUUAUGGCUGGAGCGGCCGGAGCUGCAGGAGCCGUCGGGGUCGCUGCUGCAUUGGGUAGGAACCGAGGUAGAGAUAGAGAUAUCCAGGAGCAAGAACAAAGAGCAGCUCAGCAAUGGCUCAUCGAUUACUUGAGGGAGCAGAAUUGCUCAACCGGAAAGGACAUUGCAGAGAAGUUUGGCCUGUGGCGAGUUAGAUACAGAGAUGAUGGGUCCAUUGCUUGGAUCUGUAAACGGCAUUUGAUCACCAGAGCUAAUGAAGUGAUCCAAGUUCCCCUCUGAAGCUUGCUUGCUAGCUAGCUA